ACAACAACCAGUGUUCAAAGUCCAAUAAAUAAUAAUAAUAACGAUAAAAGUCAUUCGCCUUCAUUGUCGAAUCUAUCACAACAACAUCAGGUAUCAUAUGAUUUUUUUUAUAGCCCGGAAAUAUUGUUUCAAAAAUAAUGCUAAAACAUUUACCUGUUCUUGAUCUUCAAAUUAUUCAACAAAAAAAAAACUUGAAUGUCUAGCCAUGGCUCUUUUUUUUCAAUCUACCACCACCACCACCACCAUCAUCAUCAUUGCCAUUAUAACCAUUCAUAUCCAUAAGGUUGAUUUGUAAACCAAACGAUCAUUCCGUUUCUCUUUCGUUUUCUCUCACUCGAAAAUAUCCAAGAAGAGCUAAUUAUGUUAUUGAAUUGAAUGUAUAUAACAUACAGAACACAUUAUUGUGUGUACGUCUUUGGCAUUAUACUACGCAAUCACAUUUGUUUACAAUGGACCAUUCUUAAAAUGAAAAGCUAAUGGUGAUAAUAAUAAUGAUGAUGAUGAUGAUGAUGAUAUAUCCCGAAAAACAUCAUCAAGUUCACUAUUAUUGUCAUUUGAAUCAUAUUGUACAUGUGUGUGUGUUUAUAAAACAGAUAAUUUAACAGAAACAAUAGUUUCUGUUGAUUCUUUUUUUUCACAUGAUAAUAAAAAGUGAUAAAAUUAAAUAAUAAAAAAAAACUUUUUUAAAUUGAUUGAUAUAUAUGGCAACUUUAAAAUUUUUCGAUACAUUUCGUUAUGCUUUGGAGUCUGAAUUGAGUAAAUUGAUGACAACAUCAACGUUGGUCGAAACUGUUUCAAUAAAUUAUGAAGAUUUUACUGAAGGAUUUCUUACCUGUGGUACCUGCCUGUAUACCUAUGAUGGUGAUGAACAUUCACCUAAAUUAUUACCAUGUUCCCAUACGAUUUGUAAAAUUUGUUUGGAGAAAAUCUCAUCCAAUGCAACGUUACGUGAUCCAUCGGGAAAUUUUCGUUGCCCAAUCUGUCGUGAAUUGAUUCAAUUGCCUCGUGGUGGUGUAAUGGCUUUUCCGCCAUCAUUUUUGGUGAAUCAAUUGUUAGAUUUAGUUGCCAGUCAACGGCGUGAGGUUAUCCCAAAAUGUUCGAGUCAUGUUACCCAAGAGCUUCUUUAUUGUGAACCAUGUGAUCUCGUUUUUUGUAAUCUAUGCACUGGUGACAAACAUGAUAAUCAAAAUGCAAAUAGUCCUAGCCAUGAUAGUGAUCAUGCAAUUGCCAAUCAAGAACAUACGGUGAUACCCUUCUCGAUUGCAAUCAAACGAAUGAGCGAAAUUCUAUUAUAUAAAGCGCAACAGUGUAUUAGUAAACUUGAUGAAUCAUCUCGAAAUGUCCUAAGCGAAAUGCAAAAGCUUGAUCAGAAUACUGAAUUGUCAUUUGAAGAUAUUAAUAGAACAUUCCAAGAGGUAAUCAAUAUUGUUGACAAGCGUCGACAAGAGCUAUUGAAUUGUGCCAAGAAAAUUCGUGAGGAUAAACGUAAUGUGUUGCGAGAACAGCUCAAUAAUAUUGAAUUGGAAAAAUCGCGACUUGAAAAAGAAUGUAAUGAAUUCAAAUAUCAAGUCGAAGUUCGUGAUAUAAGCAAAAAGAUUAAUGAUCUGAAAGCAAAAUUAAAUUCCGUUAAUACAAUGCUAGAUCCACGUGAAAAUUGUUUUCUACGUUUUGAGCAUUUACAAAAUUCCACAAAUAGUAUUCAAGAAUUGGUCAAUAAUUUUGGAAGUAUUCGUACAAGUAACACUUUUCCAUCAUUGUGUGUUGCGACCGUUGGUAAAUGUUCUAUUCAUCUUCGAUCGUUUGCCAAUGUGACCACUUUUGAUUACAAUGGCCAACGGCAGAAAUUUGGUGGUGAUCCCAUCCUGGUAACUUUGGUACAUAAUAAUUCUCAGCAAACCAUUCCCUGUAAACUUAACGAUAAUCGUGAUGGUACUUAUGAGGUACAAUUUGUACCUCCAAAACAUGGCGAUUUUUCAAUGAAAAUUACUAUAUUCGGUCGGCCAAUCAAGACUUUUCCUCUAGAAUUCACAGUUUCUGAUCAUAUAAAUCCACUAUGUAUAUAUGGCGGUAAAGGAUUUGAUCAUCAUCAAUUCUCUCAACCGACUAGUCUAGCUAUUGAUAAUGAAACUGGUUAUGUUUAUGUGUUGGACACAGGAAAUGGCCGAAUAAAAAAAUUACUGCAAAAUCAAUGUAACAAUUCGCCAUUUAGGCUCAUCUGUCACAUGGAGGAAAAACAUUUCGAAAAUCGUGCUGCAACGGGCAUAGCUUUUUGCGUUAAUUCCCGGUCUUUACUAGUCACUAAUUGGCGAACCAAAAAUAUUGUUAAAAUUGAUUGUGAUGGAAGAUUCAUUGGAAAAUUUGGUCAUUCUGAAUUGCUUGAACCGACAUGCAUAGCAGUGAAUCCUAAUUCUGGUCAGAUAUUGGUUGCCGAUAAUUCUUCCAAUGCUAUCUUUUUAUUUCAAACGAAUGGUGAAUUUGUCAAAAAGAUUACAACAUGGGUGAAUCCUAACACCAAAAAAACAGAAUCACUAGGGGAAAUUAAUGGCCUUUGUUUUCAUCCAGAAACCAAUGAUAUUAUUGUAUCGUCAGAAAAAUUAUUAAUUUAUUCACAUGACGGUGAAUUUAUUAAGCCACUAUGCAGUGAUUCAUCAAAUGGCAAAUCAAAAAAUCGUUUCUAUGGUGUGGCCGUUGAUAAGGCAAACAAUUUACUUGCUGCACGUGCAGAUAAAUCACGUAAUAUAAUUCAAGUGAUUGAUUAUGAUAGUGGCCUUUUAAAAUUCUCCAUCGAUAGCAAUGAUGCUAAAUUAAAAAGACCAAGUUGUUUAGCAUUGACAAAUGAUGAUCAUGUAAUCGUUGUGGAUCUGGGCAACGAUUGCAUUAAAAAAUAUCGCUAUUGUUAAUAUCUAAUGACAAUUUGUCAUUCAUACUUUUUCUUUCUUUCUCUCCCCUUUAAAAUCUAUCUAAAAAAAAGUUUUUUUUUGGUGUUUUGGACACUUUUUGAUUUCAUCUGAUAAUUUUUAAUUUGUGUACUUCAUUCCAUCAUUUAUGUCCGGAUAAGACCAAUAUGCUUUUUUUUUUCUCUUGUUUUCAACUUAAAUCCCUUAGUGUACUUAAUCACUCAAAUCAUUUACAUUGAGUUGAAUUUAUUUAAUUUCUAAUCCGCUAAGUGAUUAACCAGCUAGAAUUAUUAAUACUUAUGAUGAUAUGAUGAUUAUGAAAAAAAAAAUAUAAUAAAACUUGUUUCUAAACUUGUGUGUUGAAAUUGUUUUCAAAUUUUUUU